UGUGUAAGUGUGACUUUCAAAGAGCACAGAUCAGGACACACCGUGCUUGCUGCCGUUCACCGCCGACUCGCGUUUUUCUCGUUCAGAAACCCCGCCGCAUCUGGAAAAUGUCCUUUUUAGCUAGGGGCAGCAUCGCCCGUCUGGCAGCGAGGAACUUCUCCACUUCACAGAGGAACAACGUGAAGGUUUGCGUCCUCGGAGCGUCCGGCGGAAUCGGUCAACCUCUAUCUCUACUUCUGAAACAACACCCCGGUAUCAGCUAUCUGUCUCUCUAUGACAUUGCGCACACCCCCGGAGUCGCCGCCGAUUUGAGCCAUAUCAACACCGGCGCACAGGUCAAAGGUUUCGUCGGUCAGGACCAGCUCAAGGCCGCCCUCGAAGGUAUUCAGAUCGUCGUCAUUCCGGCUGGUGUACCCCGCAAACCCGGUAUGACCCGCGAUGAUUUGUUCAACACGAAUGCGGGUAUCGUCCGCGACCUCGCGACAGCAUGCGCGCAGGUCUGUCCGAAGGCCAUGUUGGCCAUCAUUUCCAACCCCGUCAACUCGACCGUUCCGAUCGCCUCGGAGGCUUUCAAGAAGGCCGGUGUCUACGAUCCCAACAGAAUCUUCGGAGUUACCACCCUCGACGUCGUACGUGCCAACACGUUCAUCGCCGAAGCCAAGGGACUCGACCCCGUAUCGCUGUCGGUCCCCGUGGUCGGUGGUCACGCCGGAGUCACGAUCAUCCCUCUCAUCUCGCGAGCAUCGCCCAAGGUGGACUUCCCCCAGGAUCAACUCGAGAAGCUCACCAAGCGAAUCCAGGACGCGGGAACCGAAGUCGUUCAGGCCAAGGCUGGAAGCGGGAGCGCGACGCUUUCGAUGGCGUUUGCUGGAGCCCGUUUCGUCUUCAGUUUGGUGUCGGCCAUCAAGGGUAAACCAGAUGUUGUCGAAUGCGCAUACGUAAAGUCCGACGUCGGGGAAGCCGGUUUCUUCUCGACGCCACUUCUUCUCGGCAAGAACGGCCUAGAGAAGAACUUGGGCCUGGGCAAGCUUUCCGACUUCGAAGCAAAGCUCGUUGCAGAGGCGCAAGACGAACUUAAGAAAUCCGUACAGAAGGGAGUUGAGUUCGCCAACAAGUAAGCUGUUUACUCCCCCGAGAGCGAUGUUAGCUUCAGUUUUGAGCGAAUGACGUGAAUGGACUCGACGAUCUCGAGAAAAAACUUCCGAAUUGGAAUGGAAGAAAUCCAAACUGAUACAGCGCAGUGCUUCAUCUAGUGGCGGUCCUCCAUCAUUAUCAACAUCAUGAUUUGAUCAUCACCACCAAUUGACGUUUACAAUCGAAUGAUGGGGAAGAUCUGUGGUGUGCGGAAGUUGUUGGUAACGUACAGAAAAAUAAAGUAAAUGUAGAGCGGAUUCUGAAUGGAAUCGAGCUGUAACAUAA